AUGGUGCUGCUUCUCAAAGCCGCCAUCUCUCUCUCGAUCUCGCCGAAGCUCUGUGGACUGUGCUUCCGGGCAAUGGCCGUGCUCGCGCUCCACUGCUCGCUCCUCGCCUUCUCUUCCCCGAUCGUGGCGCCGCCGCUGCCGCAGCUCGCCUGCUCGCGCCUCCGAGCUCCUCUCUGCGGGCCGUUUGCCGCUCCGCCGGCCGCGCCGAGUCCACCGCGUGUCACCAUCUUUUCGCUCGAGACUUGUGACCCUUGCAAGGCCGCAAAACGGCUCUUCGAGAUGCUUGGGUGGGAGUACACCGAGAUCUCCGUCACGCACCAUCCCGAGCGGCUCGACGAUGUGCGGCAGCUGGUGCCUCCCGGCGUCACGUCGAUGCCGCAGAUUUUCUUUGGGGACCACCACGUCGGAGGCGGCUCCGACCUCGCCGCCCUGAUCAUGGCCAACGAGCACCUCGCCCUGUACGAGGCGGCCGCGCCGUCCACCGACCCACGGAAGCGGCCUGUUCGCCAUGAGGAGUGGAGCCGCGGCGCCGUCGUGCCGACCGGAGGAGCCGAGGCGGCGGCGGCGGCGGCGGCGAUCCCACAGGUGCCGACCGUGCAUCCGGUGCCAGCGCUGGCGAGGGGGGUCGCCGGCCACUUCUUGUGAGCAUGCGACGUGCGCUCCAUGGAGCGUGCUGGGUGGACGGGCGCCGAGAACGCGGGAAGAGGGGGAGAUCUGAGUCGAGGUGUGUUCGCGCGAGAUAUUGUGUGCAGCUCCAUGAUUCACAUCAGGUACGUGUUUAUAAGAAAGCGGCUUC